AUGGAUGGAUUUUGGGUUUUCAAUUCCUUGUCUGCCCCUGUUCAUGUAUUGGGUGUCAUUGUUGGCGUUGUACUUUUGAGUAUCUUUGCAGGUGUUGUUAUCAUCAUUAUCCGAAAAAGAAGAAAGCGGUACACAGUUUAUGAAGAAAUACUUAGUAUGGAUGUAAAGCCUAACACCUUCACUUACUCGGAACUCAAAAAUGCAAGUCAAGAUUUCAAUCCCUCGGACAAGCUUGGAGAGGGAGGAUUUGGGUCUGUUUAUAAAAGAAUAAGACUUUACAUCUUGAUUGGUCAACCCGUUAUCAAUGGAUAUCAAUGCAGUGGAUAUCUUGCGCCAGAGUAUGCUAUGCGUGGACAUUUAACAGAGAAAACAGAUGUGUAUGCCUUUGGUGUUGUGGCUCUUGAGCUAGUGAGUGGAAGGAAAAACUCUGAUGAGAACCUGGAAGAGGAAAAACAAUACCUUCUUGAAUGGGUACACGCAUGGAAUUUACAUGAGAAAAGCCGAGACUUUGAACUAGUUGAUGAUGAGCUAAAGGAAUACAAAAUGGAAGAAGUGAAACGCAUGAUUGGCAUUGCUCUGCUUUGCACUCAGUCAUCUCAUGCGUUGAGACCACCAAUGUCACGAGUGGUAGCCAUGUUGACAGGAGAUGUUGAGGUCAAUGAUGCCACCUCUAAGCCAGGCUACCUAACCGACUGUACAUUUGAUGGCACCACAAGCUCAUCUUUCAGCAACUUUCAAACCAAUAACACAAGCUUAUCUACGAUCUUUGUGACGCCUGCCCCAGAGACAGCGACUCUAAGCCAAUGCUUAGAUACAUCAUAUCACAAUCUAUUGAAGAAACAGAUUUCACAUAUAACUCAAUAA